CAUGGGGGUGUAUAGGGUUUGCAAAUCUGUUGAUCGCGGCCGCAAAAAUUAAUACACGAAUCUCUCAGUCGACAAAAACAGUUGCUCAAAUUCGGAUCUGCAAAUCACUUGACAGUUUCCUCAAAACAAACUAUAACGUGCAAUAACAGACAGAAAUCCGUUCCUGAAAAAUGGUUGAAUCCGUAAUCCGCUGCAUUUGCAGGAUCCGCCAAACCAUUACCAUUUCGUUAAUCUGAAUCUGUAAUCUAAUAAGCUAAAUAUUAUUUGCAAAAUCUGUCGAUCCGUAGACCUAUGACAUUUCUCUUGUCUCUGUUUUCACUCCGCUCAAGCUUUUGACAUCUGUUUAAUGUUUAGCCCUUAAAAAUUCUUAUAUAAAUGAACUGUAACGCAACGGCGUACCUAGCAAGCGUUGAAAGUUUUCUUCCCUCAGGCUUAGCCUAGCAUCCAUUAACUUGUCGAGAUGGCGAUGACCCAAAGAAAGAAACUUCUUACUAUAUUUGUGCCUUUGCUUGUGCUGGCGUCUGUGGUGGUAAUUCUAGUCGUACUCGUAACACAAAAACAUUCGGACAAGUCAAGCCAAGAACCACAACCAUCACCAUCGCCCACAUCGUCUUCAAAACGUCAACGAUUCCAGUUUGAUAACCUUUUUGACUACAAAUACUCUCCCAGAUAUGCGAGUGUAAGAUGGAUAUCAGAUUCCAAAUUCAUUUUUUCCCAAGCGAAUAAUGUUUCAGUUACCGACCUCUCGACCAACACAACCAGAUUGGUUGUUCCAUCAACCGUCAUGCAAAACCUGAGUGCUUCACCGUACUGGUUGUCACCUGACGAGCAAUGGGUGUUGCUGGCAUGUAACUACAAGAAGCUGUACAGGAAAUCAUUUACCGCAGACUACGUUGCAUACAACAUCGAUACGAAACAACAAGUGGAAAUCGAUCCACCUGACGAGACGCAGCAGAUUCAACUGGCAAAAUGGGGAAACAAAGGCAAUUCAUUGGCAUUUGUGCAAAAUAACAACAUAUAUUACAAACCCGAAGUCAAGAACCAGACUCGUACCAUCACUGAUACUGGCGAGAAACAUAAGAUCUUUAAUGGUAUAUCGGACUGGGUUUACGAAGAGGAUGUGUACUACUCAAAGCAUGCCAUGUGGUUCUCGCCCGACGACUCGUAUCUGGGAUAUGUGGAAUUCGACGACACUGAUGUGAAGUGGUUUUCAUACAUAGAAUAUGGACCGUUCACUGAUGGCUACACUAAAGUCCUGAAGAUUGCAUACCCCAAACCAGGACAUGCUAACCCAAAGGUCAAGGUCAAGGUGGUUGACUUAAACAAAUUACCACAAAAUACAUCAGUAACACCGAAAACAACACCGUUAUCACCGCCAAGCGAUUUAGCCAACGUGGAUCACUACUUUACCAAUAUGGCUUGGUUGAACAACGACAAAGUGCUUGUUGGAUGGAGCAACAGAGUUCAGAAUGUAUCGGUUAUGACUAUACAUGAUGUGGAUACAGGGACAGGCUAUCAGAAUCGGAGGCAAGAGGUGAAGAAUGGUUGGGUGGAUACCUCCACAUACUUGCAACCCAGUCCUUGGUUCUCUAAAGUCGGGUCGUACUAUCUUACACCACACCCCUUCGAGCAAGGAAAUCAUGGCAAAUAUAUUCACCUAGCAAAAGUCAAUACCAAAGAGAAUGGUACAAUUAAUAAUUUGACAAGCGGUUUAUGGGAGAUAGAUAAAAUUUUUGCGUUUAACAAAGAGCAGGAAAUAGUGUAUUUUUCGAGUUCAGAGACAUCGGCCAGAAAUUUGCACAUUUAUAGCAUAGACGUAAAGAGCGGUGAGAAAACGUGUCUUUCCUGUAAUCUGGACUGGGCGAAAAGCGGAAGAUGUAAAUAUUUUUCAGCAAGUUUCAGCCACAACGCCACAUGGUACAUACUAACCUGCUCAGGUCCUGGAGUACCUAUAGUCUCAAGACAUAAUACUGUGACCAACACAGUCGAGAUUCUAAGGUCUAACGAACGGCUUAUUGAACGCAUGAAAUCACUAAUGGUUCCCAUCAAAAGAAACUUCAACUUUACUUCGGAUGGAUACACUAUCGAUGGAAUAGAGAUUCUACCGCCUGACUUUGAUCCUUCCAAGAAAUACGGUGUUCUAUUUGAUGUGUAUGGUGGACCAGGUUAUCAAAGGGUGUAUGAAUACUUUGGUUUUAGAUGGAAUGAGUAUUUGGUCAGCACCUUCGACAUCAUCGUAGUACGAAUCGAUGGACGAGGACAAAAAAGACGAGGAGAAAGGUUCAAACAUGCUGUAUAUUUAAAGCUUGGUGAAUACGAGGCGGUGGACACCAUCAAUGCCGGACGAUAUAUGAAAACUAAGCCCUAUGUGCAUAAGGAUAAACUUGCCAUCUGGGGAUGGUCCUAUGGCGGCUACCUAACAACCUACGUACUCUCCAAGAACUCUGGUGUUUUCAAAGUUGGAAUGGCAGUUGCCCCGGUGACGGACUGGCGUUACUAUGACACGGCGUACACUGAGCGGUACAUGGGACUUCUAGAAGAUAACAUGUAUGGAUAUAAUUAUACCUCACUUUUAUCAAGAGCAAAACAGUUCGCUAACGUAUCAUACCUCAUCAUACAUGGCUCGGGAGACGACAACGUUCACUACCAGCACACUGCGCAAAUGGUGAAGGCGCUGACCCACGCGCAGAUCGACUUUCGUGUUCAGUAUUACACAGACAAGGCACACGGUCUCAUUGGGACGCUAACAACACGCCAUCUCCGUCGUUUGUUGACCAAAUUCCUCACAACAAAGCUUGAUAUAGAGGAAACACGAAAACCUUAACAGAAACACCAUUAUCUUAUAUAAAGAGACUGCCGAUUUA